AUGACCGAGUCCACACCAGCACAGUCCCUGCUCAACAUCAAUGCUCUGCUGGACAACCCCGUCUUCGCCGGCGGCUUCGGCCUCGCCUCCCUCGGCGCCGCCCUGGCCUUUGCGCGACGGGGCGCGCUCACUACCGCGGGCAUGAUCCGGCGCCGCAUGCUCGUCAACGUUGAGAUCAGCCAGCAGGACCCGGCCUACCCGUGGAUCCUCGCAUGGCUCUCGGAACCGCGCCCGCAGACCUCGUUCCUCGCGAAGCGCCUCACCCGCAUCAACAAGCUCUCCGUCUCGACCGCCACCAGCAGCACCCCGAACGGCGCCACCAAGGCCAGCUUCUUCCUGCAGCCCGGCUACGGCCGCCAUAUCGUCAAGUACAAACAUGCCUAUAUCGCCGUCAGUAGGGAGAAGCAGUCGACUGCCAAGACGAAUACGGGCGAGCCCCACGAGACGGUUGAGCUCACGACGCUGUACGCGCACAGACAUAUCUUCGAGGACAUAUUCACCGAGGCGCGGGGUCUGGCGCUGCAGGCGAACGAGGGCAAGACGGUUGUAUACUCUGUACGCAACUUUGAUUGGGUACCUUUAGGUGAGCCACGGAGGAAGCGGCCUUUGGGCAGCGUCAUUCUCGACGAGGGCGUGAAGGAAGGCAUCGUGAAUGAUGCCAGAGACUUCCUCGAACGUCGGCAGUGGUAUGUCGAUCGUGGGAUACCAUAUCGCCGGGGCUAUCUGCUUUACGGACCUCCUGGUAGCGGUAAGACCUCCUUCAUUCAAGCUCUAGCUGGCGAGCUUGACUUCAGUGUGGCCAUGAUCAACCUGAGCGAGGUCGGAGUGACGGACGACAAGCUCGCUUUUCUCCUUACGAAACUUCCUGAACGGACGAUUGUGCUGCUAGAGGAUGCUGAUUCCGCAUUCGUGAAUCGGAGGAAACGCGAUGCAGAUGGAUACGGCGGGGCCACCGUCACAUUCUCCGGCUUGUUGAAUGCCCUGGAUGGCCUCUCAGCUAGUGAAGAGAGGAUUGCAUUCCUGACCACCAACCACGUCGAACUCCUAGACCCCGCCUUGAUAAGGCCUGGACGAGUAGACAUGACGGUCCGCAUCGGGGAAGCCACCAGAUAUCAGGCGGCUCAGAUGUGGGACAGGUUCUACGGAGACAUAGACACCGACGGGUCCAACAGGGAACGGUUCUUGGCCCGACUCGACGGGCUAGGACUGUUCGUCGACUUAAAUGAAGGCGAAGCGCUGCCUCGAACCAGCACUGCCGCCAUCCAGGGACUGUUCUUGUUUAACAAGAACGACAUGGAGGGAGCCAUCGCUAUGGCCGAGGGACUGAUUCCGCCCAAGUUGGAAGCGGAGAAGUAG